GACUGCACGCUUUGAAUCUGCGAAAUAACUUAGUAGGAAAACAAUGAAUAUGCAAGGAACUGUUUUAAACAUCCCUAAAGCGCUCAGAUCUACGACACAAAUUCGACGGAGGGGUUACCAGCAAAUCGAUGGCCCCCUGGAAAUGUCUGCCUUUACUACAGUUUUGAUUUUCAUAAUCGUGUUUAUCAUUCUAACUGCUUUGACACUUCUUGGUUCUGGAUAUACUACAGCAGGUAUUUCAGUACUAGGCUCGAUUUUUGCGAGCUGUUGUUUUUAUCGCAUUUUUGACUGCUUGGGCUGUAGCAGAUAUUUUGCCUACUUGGGAAGAAUCUGCUGCUGCUGUUGCUGCAGAGCUUCUGAACCACAGACUUCAGAGCCAUCAACGUUAGAAUCAAGUUGGAUGCCAUCGACUCCAGGACCAUCGUCUCAACAGCAUCCGAUUCCAGGGCCAUCAACGUUGGAAUCAAGUUGGAUGCCAUCGACUCCAGGACCAUCGCCUCAACAGCAUCCGAUUCCAGGGCCAUCAACGUUAGAAUCAAGUUGGAUGCCAUCGACUCCAGGACCAUCGCCUCAACAGCAUCCGAUUCCAGGGCCAUCAACGUUAGAAUCAAGUUGGAUGCCAUCGACUCCAGGACCAUCGUCUCAACAGCAUCCGAUUCCAGGGCCAUCAACGUUAGAAUCAAGUUGGAUGCCAUCGACUCCAGGACCAUCGUCUCAACAGCAUCCGAUUCCAGGGCCAUCAACGUUGGAAUCAAGUUGGAUGCCAUCGACUCCAGGACCAUCGUCUCAACAGCAUCCGAUUCCAGGGCCAUCAACUUUAGAAUCCAAGCCUAUGCCCUCACCUCCAGACUUAUUUACGUUUCAGCAUUCGCUUCCAGAACCAUCAACGUUAGAAUCUAGUUCGAUGCCAUCAACGGUGCCACCAACUCGUAAGCCUACAGUUGCAAAACCACUAACUGUAGAAUCAAGGUCACUGCCCUCGUCUCGAACGCAUCUGGCUGCAGAACUACCAACUGUAAAAUUAGGGUCGAUGCCUUCAUUGCAAAUGCAUCUAGUUGCAGAAUCACAAACUGUUUAUUCCAAGUCAAUGCCAUCUCGAAUGCAUCCGGCUACAGGACCACUAACUGUAAAAUCCAUGUCAAUGCCAUCAUCUCCAAAGCUACCUACUCUGCAGCAUGUGGCUCCAGCAUCGGUUCCAUAGCCACUGUAGAAUUCAGAUUGAUGCCAUUACCUCUAGAGCCACUGAUUCUGCUACUUGCGGUCAUACAAAUUCUUCUUUGAGACGACAACCAAUGUUUCAAGUUCUAUCAUUGGGCGAUACUUUUAUGUUGACUUUUUACUGUUUUAUUGUAUAGCACUAUUUUAAACUGACUUAAUCAUUUAUGGAAUAAAAAUUGUUA